AGACUUGUCUCAUGAGUUCUCCCACCUUAAUGUAGUGGAGAUUUAAGUUCAGAUUGAAAUUUCCUUCCACGCUGAUCUUCUUGGAUUAUCACUCACUGAUUGAGUGUUAAUUGCCGGGCAUGGCUACCGGAAAAGAAGAAAGCAAUAUGGUUUCCGGCCACAUUCCGGCAUUUGAUCCGGCCAAGAAGCCCCCCAGAAACAAAUAUGCCCUGGCCUGUUCCUUUUUAGCUUCAUUGGCUUCCAUCUUGCUUGGUUAUGAUAUUGGUGUGAUGAGUGGAGCCAUUAUAUAUAUCAAAGAAGACCUUAAAAUAACGGACGUCCAAGUAGAAGUCCUGGCGGGGAUACUGAACGUGUACUCUCUAUUUGGAUCUGCGGCGGCCGGCCGGACCUCCGACUGGAUUGGCCGGCGGUACACCAUGGUGGUCGCGUCGGUGAUCUUCUUUGCGGGAGCCAUCUUAAUGGGUUUUGCCCCAAAUUAUGCUUUCCUGAUGGUGGGGCGAUUUGUAGCCGGCGUCGGAGUGGGGUACGCACUCAUGAUUGCACCGGUUUACACCGCCGAGGUUUCGCCGGCGUCCUCCCGUGGCUUCCUCACUUCUUUCCCUGAAGUUUUCAUCAACGCUGGUAUUUUAUUUGGGUAUGUAUCAAACUUCGCAUUCUCAAAGCUUCCACCUCACUUGAGUUGGCGAUUCAUGCUCGGCGUGGGGGCAAUUCCGUCAGUCUUCUUAGGCCUCAGCGUUCUUGCCAUGCCUGAAUCACCGCGGUGGCUAGUCAUGCAGGGCCGACUAGGCGAUGCACGCCGAGUUCUUCUACGGACAUCCGAUUCCGUAGAAGAGGCCCAACUAAGGCUAGCCGACAUCAAAGAAGCCGCUGGCAUACCGGAAGACGUCACCGACGACGUAGUUUCGGUGACCAAACGGCCGAAGGGCGGCGCCGGGGUGGGGGUGUGGAGGGAACUUUUCGUCUCUCCGACGCCGGCCAUCCGUCACAUUGUGCUCACCGGCGUAUGUAUUCACUUCUUCCAGCAAGCUACCGGAAUAGACACGGUGGUUUUGUACAGUCCGAGGAUUUUUGAGAAGGCAGGGAUAAAGUCGGAAAACAAGAAAUUGUUGUGCACUGUGGCGGUUGGGUUCGUGAAAACGUUGUUCAUAUUGAUAGCCACGUUCACACUAGACAGGUUCGGAAGGCGGAAGUUGUUGCUGACGAGCAUAGGUGGCAUGGUGGCGUCAAUGUUGUUGCUGGCCAUCGGCUUGACCGUGGUUGACCACUCGGACCACAAGGUGCCAUGGGCACUAGUACUGAGCAUUGUGAUGGUGUUGGUCUACGUGGCAUUCUUUUCAAUCGGAAUGGGUCCCAUCACGUGGGUCUACAGCUCCGAGAUAUUCCCGCUAAGGCUUAGAGCCACCGGUUGCAGCGUGGGAGUGGCGGUGAACCGCGUGACGAGCGGAGUGAUAUCGAUGACGUUCAUUUCACUAUAUCAAGCCAUCACAAUCGGCGGCGCGUUCUUCAUGUACAGUGGAUUCGCCAUCGUCUCCUUCGUCUUUUUCUACACAUUGAUGCCAGAAACAAGAGGGAAAACACUGGAAGAAAUGGAGUCGUUGUUUGGGGGUUUCUUCAAGUGGAGGUCCACUCUCAGAGAGGUGAAUAAAGCUAACUCCGCCGCCGCUGCCACAAAGAAGGCUAGUAAUCCGCCGCCGCAGCUUCAAUUGUCAAGCGACACUGCCGAGUCACCGCGCCGGCCGUGAGUAG